GUUGAAAUAAUUUAGUGUAAAAACAGUAUGAAAAUAAAAGAUUUAAAUGAAUACAUCAUAUUUGAUGGCUUUCCUUUGGACUAUGAGGUUGAUAGAGAGAUAUUAAAGACUUAGGAAUCCAUGGAUCAUGAAAAUCAAAAAGCCCAGGCCUCUCAGCUACUGACGAGAGGUGGAGAGAAGGAAACCCGCCCCUCACGGGCGUUAUUUUACAUGAUAAGUUUUAGAUAACUUCAAACGCCAAUACUAAUCCAAAAAAAUGAUUAUUUUAACAAAUCUAUUGCAUGUAGAUAAAAGUCCCUUGCCGGAGAAAAUGUGUAAAAUUAUAACGACAAAAAAUAUUGCACUUCGUUUUACCGCUUACUGCAAUUUAAAAGGUUAUAAGGGCCUACACAAAGAUAGCUUCAUGAUUGUGGAACCAUACACCGAAACAGACAUAGUCAUAUCUCGUCGUCAUAUAAUAAAAAUAUUAUUAUGCGAAUCUAGUGAUCUGUCGGGAAACCUUUUGGUUGUUGCCAAGGAAGAAAACAGUUUAAACUACAUCUAUGCCGGAAACCUUAUGGAUAUUCGUACGGUCGUUUUAAACGAAACUUUUCUCUCAUGGAUCAACAAUUCUCAGCAAUAUUUAUAUAUGAACUUGACCAGAACUAACGAAAAUCAUGAAGAAGACAAACGGGACCAUGUUCACAAUGUUUUAGAUAAAAUCCGACAAAUUCUUGAAUACAACCCUGACUAUGGUAUUAAUUUGUAUCUGCCUAUUGUCGGCUAUGAAUAUUGCAUUGAUAAACUGGUAAAGAGAUUCCAAAAACAUGUGACAUUUUCCCAACAAUUUAGAUCAAUAUUUGAAUAUGCAAUGAGUGAUCUAAAUUUUGUAUCGAAAAGUGUUGAUGAUGCAAAAAUCGUUUUGUAUCCAACUCCGCGGAGAAUUGCUGAAACUCGAAACAAUUAUAAAGUCCAUCAUAAAAUUACCGUUAUUAUUCAAAGAAACGAUGUUAACACAUUUAAGUUGGAACCUGAAAAAUAUUAUUAUGAGAUUUUGUAUAAGCCAGAACCGUCGCCAUUUGAAUUGCAAUACUUAACUAUGAUGACUAGGCCGAAAUCUAUCUACGGCAUACUAGAUUUGAAUAAUAAAGUUGUUAAAGUUCCCAAAUACUUGUUGGAGCUUGCCGACAACGAUCAUUCGCCAAACAAAAGGCCCAAAAACCCUAAACCCAAUACCGAAAGAGUUCUUGUUCCACCUAUUGGAGAGGUUGCCAAGCAAGGUAUAUUUUUGGAUGACUCUGAGAGCAGUGAGGAAACUGCCUGCACAUGAAGAGAAGAACCUUAUCACAAUCUAUCUUGCCGAAAGAAUAUGGGAUUCUUUUAAUUUACAUUUAAUUUUUUUUUAUUUAUUUAUUUUUUUUAUGAAAAUAACGAUAAUCAGAACCAAAAAGAAAAGAAAACACGACAAAAAAGGAA